AUGCCUGGUCAGAUUCAGCAAUAUGAUACAUUGGACGAAAGUGAUAGUUCUAAUAAUGGGUUGUUUGUACAGCAUUUGAAAGGUUGUUCAUUCAGUAUAGCUGAGAACAAAGAAUUCGAGACAGAGUUGAUUCUACCUGACAGAACAUGUUCAACCAAAGAUGAGGUAAACCCAGACAAAUCUUUUAAAGAAAGAGCUGACAAUGAGCAACCUUUGCCACCGGCACAAUGGGGAUGUGAACCAGAACACCUGGAGUUCUCAUCAUUUGUAACAUUGAAAAUCUUCUUGAAAGAGCUGGGUGAUAUACUCGAAUCGGAGCUGAGAUGUCACCCUUACAACACUGUUGGUAGCUUUCUGGCAUUCUAUGAUGCCUUCGUCAAGCAGGCGCGCCCUCUGGAGGAAUUCUAUCAUAGCUAUCAGCCCUCUGUACUUCCCGAGAGUCUUUCAUGCGUCGGGUUAGGUUAUUCUUUGAUAGAUAGUAUGAGAUCCGUUCUCGAUGUGUGUUACCCCGAGUUGAAGUCUUCUUUGUUUCUUGCAUCCUGUGAGGAGAUGAUCGUAGACGUUGAUUCUUAUGUGAGGUGCACCCCUUCGUCCCUCAACUGCAGCGUGAAGGAGCACGUCUUGGUGGUCGUGAGGAUCAUGGUGGAGGAGAGGGAGGGUUACAUUUUGUUAGACCCCGGUUAUCAUGUCAACAUUCCAGUGGUAGUCAUGGCCGACGGCCUCUACCCCAAUACAGGUUGGUUUUUGUCGAGUGAGACUGCCAAAUCUAAAAAGGAGUACUGCUACGAGGUGGACGAAGGCAGGAAUUACCUGAAGUGGUCCGUGAAGGACACUCGAAACGGGAAGGUUAACAGCUGGACGAACCUGAUUUACGUCGGUCAGAAGUUUUUGAGCGCUAUCGAUGUUGCGGAGAAGAGGAAUAUAGUUUUUAACUUCAGAACGAUCGUUUCGAGGGAUAACAAACAGCCCGUUGCUGGCCUGUAUUGCAAUUUGGAAGGGGAGGAGAAGUUUACCUUUUUUUAUAACAAUCAAUUAUGCCAGCGCCAAGAUGUUAAGAUUCCGUUUGAGUAUUUUCAAGGGUGUAGGGAAAAUAAUCAUUUUGAGUUUGCUAUUUCAGCCUGUGCAGCUCAGAUUGGGUACAACGAUAGUUUAUUGUCUGAAAUGAUAAAUAGGGUGAUCGAAGCUUACUUUAACAUUGAUUUUAUGCCAUUUGUUCGUUUAAUCAACAAUAAAAUUGAUGAAUAAUUUUUUGAUUUUUCUUUUUAUACUUUUGGUUUAAUAAAGUCUUUGCAAGUGCAA